AUGCCGAGGUACGGAGACCUGGCAGCGAUCCAACCGGAGCGCUCACCGGACAGACUCAGAAGUGUCACGCCCAAUGUGUAUCGACCGAUCCCAGUUAUCGUCUCUGGGAAAGGAGAGCAGAGACCGUGUGGGAGAUGCAAAGGCAGCCUGGAAGUCCGUUUGCACGAGUCCGACAAGAUGCACUUCCUUCCUGCAGUGACGGAGCAGCUCUGUGGACCGGAGAUAACAGACUCAUUCACGCUGCAUCAUGGACUAGAGGCUCUGGCCACGCAUUACUACGAGUCCAAUCUCAUCAUCGCCUCAUUCCACGUGUUGUACUUCCUCUCACCUUCCUGCGGCGGAGACGAUGACAUCACAAAAGAAGAAGAAGCGGCUCAUACUUGGUCCAUGACGUCUCUGCUCCGCGCUCAGAGAUGA